UACCCUUUUCCUGAUUUCCCUUGCGAAUUUCCUUCACUGCAUUCCAAUGUUAAAGCUUUGCUAGUCCCUGUCUCUAGAUGUGGAGAUCUUACCGUUUAUGUAUCAGGCGCGCGCAGGCACGGUCUGUGUUCCCUGAUUUCGUCUUUCCCGAUUUCUGUUAACUGAUCAGACAGACACAUACGGGGCGCUUAAGAAUAGUACGUCACAAUAAUUUCUAUAUCCAAAGGCGCUGGUUGUUUUUCUGUACCUGUUAACCCGUUUAAUCGGUUCAAAUCGCUGGGAUUGCUGCGCCGUUUAACAGAAAUGGAUUAUAAUAACUUCCCGCCUCGAUUCCGCUAUAAACUCUGUAAACGUGGCUUGAAGACAUGGAAAAAACAUUUCAAAACCUACCAACCAUCAAGAUAUCAAACAGUUCUACUCAGAAAACUCGAGCACCACUGGGAAAGAAAGAUCUGUGUGGACAGUUACCAAACAACCAUUCAGGUUAUCCAACAACGUGACCAAAAAAAGUCAAUGCUAUUGGACAAAGGUACCCAAGCCCUUCCAUUCAGAGACAUCAAGAUGCAGAAAACUGCUUACUAUGACAAUGCUGGUCUCUUUGGUGGCUACACCUACACCAAGUCAGAUGCGUAUGCCUACAGUUCCACACAUCAGCCUUACCCACAGUCGUCUAUUGAAAAUGACUACCAGAGCUCUACAUGCUCGAUACAAGCCUCUGCAAUUAGGUCUUCUAAUCAUAAACCAAGUGACAUAAAUGGUAGCUGUAUGAGGACAGUUGGUAGCCAAGGAGCCAGUCAGAAUCCAAAUAUUAGUGAACAGCAGCAGCCUCCACCUUUGCCACCAUCUUCACCUAAUGCCAAUAGCACUUCAACACAAAAAAAGUCUAAGGCUCCUACCAAUUCAUCUAAUUCCACCAGUGCAACAAUAAGUAAACAGAUAUUUCCUUGGAUGAAGGAGUCCCGACAAGCCUCGAAGCAGAAGAAUCACUGUACAACAGCAGGAGAAAACUGUGAAGAGAAAAGUCCAUCUGGUCCCGCGUCUAAGAGAGUCCGAACUGCCUAUACCAGCGCCCAGCUUGUGGAACUAGAGAAGGAGUUCCACUUUAAUCGAUAUCUUUGCAGACCACGGAGGGUUGAAAUGGCCAAUCUGCUAAAUCUAACUGAACGUCAAAUUAAGAUAUGGUUUCAGAACAGAAGAAUGAAAUAUAAAAAGGACCAGAAAGCGAAGGGAAUCAUGCACUCUCCUGUCGGACAGUCUCCAGACAGAAGCCCACCCCUAAGUGGCCCGGCCCAUGCGGGAUAUUCCAGUCAGCUUCCAACUGUAAACAGUCUUACUUACGAUGCUCCAUCGCCAACAUCAUUUGCCAAAUCACAGCAAAACAUGUAUGGCUUAGCUGCUUAUACAGCACCUCUGGGCAGCUGCAUACCACAGCAAAAAAGAUACCCUGGUACAGAAUAUGACCAUCACACCAUGCAGAGCAACGGUGGUUUUGCUAAUCCUAAUUUGCAGGGCAGUCCAGUCUAUGUUGGCGGAAACUUUGCGGAGUCGAUGCCAGCCUCUGGGCCAAUGUUUAAUCUUGGCCAUCUUCCUCAUCCAUCCUCUGCUAGCGUGGACUACAGCUGUGCUGCCCAAAUUCCAGGCAACCAUCAUCACGGACCCUGUGAUCCCCAUCCCACUUACACAGAACUUACUUCUCAUCAUACGUCUCAGGGCAGGAUUCAGGAGGCGCCCAAACUGACGCAUCUGUAGUAGAAUGACUGGAUUUGCAGAACAUUCCUCUUAAGUUUUAUUACCUCACUUGUAUGACACACUUUAUUCUGCUCUGAGAGUGCCAACGGUAUUAACCGAUCUUCCCUUUCUUCCAAACAGCUACAUUCUAUUUUUUGACUUAUUAAAAUAAUUUCGCUGGAUCGUCUAGUUAGUUGUUUUAAAGUAUUACUGUGGACUGGACAGUCUAAGGGGGCUAAUGUUUUUAUAGUGAUAUACCGGAAGGUAAGUCAUAUAUAGAGGUCAGUUAUGGCUGACAGGCCCAUCAGGUUAAGGUAAUCAUAUUUUAUUGGUGAUAUCUUUCUGGCUAUGCUACUCCAGAUAAAUUAAUUUAUAAAAAAUCGUCAAUAUUGUGCAAACUGCAUCGAAUUCAACAAUAUGUAUUUAUUAUUUUAAACAAAGACAUUUUGUAAUACUUAUUAUUUAUCCAUGUCUAAUUGUAUUUAUGUGAGCAUUUGUAGACUUUAUUGAAGAUGACUUGAAAUUCAGGUUCAGUGUCAUUUAAAUUUCUCUUGUUUAGUAUACUUUGUUUAAGAUAGUUAAGAAAGUAGUUUCAAACCGUUGUAUCAGUGGCUAAUGUUUGUAGUUUAUGUGAGGGUCAAUAAUGACAACUUUAAGUCAUGACUUCCGUUAAACAAAACUGUGGCAUAAUUCAGUAGUUUAUUUCUAAACGAAUACUUGCUUUCAAAUUGUCCGGUACUAUUUGAAGAAACAAUUAGAAUAAAAAAGACGGAUUCUGAAGCAAUGUCCAUGUUUUCUGUAGAGAAACAGCAACCUGAAGUUGAAAUGUAUUUGUUGUUCAAGGGUAAGGCAAUUUUAAACAGCGAGUAACAAUCGCACGUGGCCUACCAGUCAUUAUAGGCCUAUCAAGUAGUUAACACUUUCUUUUCAUAUAAAAAUAUGCUUUGUUGUUAGCGUAAUGAAGAUCUGGUCUUGUCUAAUGAAGUUAAUUUUGGUGAAACAGUCCACGUUCAUAUAUAAUGAACACACAGUUUUAUAAUUAUUACCGCUGUUGGAAAUAUCACUAAUACAUAACAGGUGUGGUGACUUGUUAAAACAGUACAGCAACACUGAACCCACAAGAGUUUUAUGCUGUAUUUUUUCUGAAUAAUGGAUUUUAAAGGACAAUCACAUACAUCGUGCAUAUUUUGUAUGUUUAAGGCAAUAUUGUCGUCGUGGGAGGCAAGACCGAAUUUACUGAAAGUCCACUGGGAACAUGUCUCAAAUAAAAAAAGAAAUAAAAUCACUUUUUAAUCACUAA